AUGAUUUUAUUAAAGUUAAUUAAAGGUAUAACUAUAAGAUAUUUAGAUAAAUUUGGAUAUGACAUACCAGAUGUUCAUGAAUAUGAUAAGUUUAGAGUUAUGAUUACUGAUAAAAAUUCAACUUUAUUAACUGUUAUUAAUCAUACUUAUAACAUAGAAUUUCCUAUUAUGGAAGAUUAUUGUAAAUUUAAAAUAGUUAAUAAAACUACUAAAAUAGGAGAACUUGAUAUUUGUAAUAAUAUUUUAUCAUACACUAAAGACAAUUUUAAAUAUGUUUAUCGAAGAAGCAACAGGGUAGUUGAUUUUUAUAAAACAGAUAUUAGUUUAAUAGAAGAACCUAUCGAGGAUAAUUAUAAUAAGUUGAGAGUGUUUGUAGUGAAUGAUAAAUCAGUUUUAAGUCAUUUUGGUAAAAACGUAAAUAAACAUAUAGAAAUGAUGUUUAGGGUAGUUAAUAAGAUAUUUGUUGAUAGUGGCUCAAAAAUAGAAAUUAAAUUAGAAAGUAUGUUUAGUUUAAAAGAAAACAUAUUAAACAACAAUGAUACACAAGUAAGUAAAUUAGAAAAUAUAAAAGAGGUAUUUGAGAUAGUUAAAUUCAAUAACCCAAACAGUCUUCUAUCUAAAUCACACUUAACAAUUUAUUUAUCAAUGAAUAACUUAGCUAGUGAUACAAAAGAAGAUAGAGAUAAUUUUAUAGAAGGAGUAACAUAUUUUAAUUCUAUAACAACACCUGAUAAAGCAUACUCACUAAUAUUUAUAGAUGAUAAUUUGCUUUAUUCGGCCAAAAAAAUAGCACAUGAAAUAGGUCAUAGUAUAGGUUUAAAACAUGAUAAUAAUAAGGAUAGUAUAAUGAAUGAGGUAUCAAAAGAUGAUAGGAAUUUAAAGUUUUUUAAUAAAGUAUCAACAGGAAAAAUUAAUAAGUUUUAUAGAGAGAAUAUUCACUUAUUUAAAGAUUCACUUAUUAAUAAAGACAGUUUAAUAGAAACACCAAAAAGUGCUAUAAAAUUAAUUAAUUCAAUGAGAGAAGAUUCAUUUAGAAAAAUAGUUAAAGAUAAAUUAAAUGGCAACUUACCUGAUACAACAAAUACAAAAUACUUUUUAACUAUCAGUUUAAUAUUUUAUAUUUCUGCAAUCAGUUUAGUGAUUUUUUUAAUAAAAUAA